UUUUUAAACCGUUGUCGAACACCCAGCAGUAUAGACAAUAAACACCAUCAUUUAGACAUUUAUGUCAAAACAAUAUCGAAAUAAAAAUGGCUUCUCCUCGAUCAGUGUCUCCUCGUCCUCCUGGACCAAUUUCGAAAACAGAUAAGGAAGAAUCCUUUUGGGACAAAAUAGGGACACUUGGGCGAAAGAAAAGAAUAAAAGAAGUACAAGAAGUUCAAGCUGAAGGAAAAUAUGCUAUUGACUCACCAGGAAGUCCAGUUGCUCCUGUUAUACCUCCAGAAGAAUAUGAGCUGGAGGAGAAUGAAGAAAGAAGUAUGAUACAAAGGCAAGCUUUUGAAGACUCCAAGUUUCAGGAACUUCUCCAUGUUCUUAUUGAGUGGAUCAAUGACGAGCUAGCUUCUCAAAGGAUAAUUGUCCAAGAUUUGUCAGAGGACUUGUAUGAUGGCCAGGUUUUGCAAAAACUUCUUGAGAAAUUAGCCGGUGCCAAAUUAGAUGUUCCUGAAGUUACACAAUCUGAAGAAGGACAACGUCAAAAAUUAGCAGUAGUUUUGGCUCAUUUUAAUCAGGUGUUGGGCAGGAGUGAAUCAAGCAAGUGGAGUGUUGAGUCAAUUCAUUCAAAAAAUCUAAUAGCAAUACUUCACCUUCUUGUUGCUUUGGCAAGACAUUUUAGAGCUCCUGUUCGUUUGCCAGAAAAUGUGCUUGUACCUGUAGUUGUUGUUCAGAAAUCAGGAGGACAGCUCAAUCAUCGCAUUAUUCAAGAGAAAAUAACAUAUUCUUAUGAUGAUGUAGGUAUGAGGUGUGAAAGGGAUGCUUUUGACACAUUAUUUGAUCAUGCUCCAGACAAAUUACAGGUUGUUAAGAAGUCUUUGGUAACAUUUGUAAAUAAGCAGUUAAAUAAAAUUAACUUGGAAGUAACUGAAUUGGAGACCCAAUUUCAUGAUGGUGUAUAUUUGACCUUGCUUAUGGGUUUGUUGGAAGGAUUUUUUGUACCUUUGUACUGUUUCCACUUAACACCAAAAGAUUUUGACCAGAAAGUUCACAAUGUUGCCUUUGCUUUUGAAUUGAUGGAAGAAGUUGGUAUUGCAAAACCAAAAGCAAGACCUGAAGAUAUUGUCAAUCAAGACCUGAAAUCGACACUUAGGGUAUUGUACAACCUUUUUUCGCGUUAUAAGAAUGUAAUGUGAGAUUGUUAAAAUUCAGCUUUAACACUGCCUUAUUGCCACGGAUUUUUCUACUAGUUACAUAUUAAUGUUAAUUAUACAUAGAUAUUUACAGUAUUUUUACUAAUAUUCUCAUCAUAUUAAUAUUACUUAUAUUAGAUAAAAAAAGUGUCUAUCUGGAAAAUGCCUUAACAGUGUUAUUUAAAGUAAUUAAACAUUGUGUGUAAUAUAUUAACUUUUUACAUAUUGUCUAAUUUUUUAACUUAUGCAAUAAAAUAUUUAUUUAUUACUAAA